AUGGAAGAAUUGAAACAAAGACUAUAUAAGAUAGAGAGGGAGAGAGGAGAAGGAAGAAAAGAAACGGAAGAGGAACAAAAAGAAAUGAAAAAAAGCAACAUUGAGAAAGGGAUCGAAACUGAGAUAAUAAGAAAAGGCCUGGAGAUUUGGAAGGAAGAGGAAGAAAGACAAAAGAGAAGAAAGAACAUAGUAAUAAAAGGAGUAGACAAAAAGGAGAAGAAUGUAGAGGAGACAAUAAAGGAAUUAUGGAAAGUGAUGGAGGUGUCCGGAAAGAUAGAAGAGAUCAGAGAAUUAGGAAAAGGAAAUAAAAGAGAAAAAAGAAUGAUAUUAGUAAAAAUGGAGAACAGAGAAGAUAAAAUAGAAAUUAUGAGAAAAAAAUGGAAGUUAAGAGAAAGGAACGAAAAAAUACAAGACGACUGGACAUGGAAAGAGAGAUCCAUACAAUGGAACCUAGAUAAGAUAGCUUGGGAAGAAAGAAAAAAAGGAAAGAAAGCAUGGGUAAAAUACGGAAAAAUCUGGAUGAACGAGAAAUGGUGGAGAUGGAAUGAAGAAGAAAUGAAGCUGGAAGAGGGAGACGAAGAAGAGAAGAGAGAGAGAAGAAAAGAAGAGAGAGAAAUGAGAGGAAUAGUGAGGACGGAAAGGGAGGUGGACAGGAACGCGGAAAAACGAGAAUAA